UCCUUAAUAAACUUAAACCAGAGAUGGCGACAAAACCUUCUUCUUGUACCCGCAAGGAUGAUAAUAUAGGCAAGCAAGCGCGGACAAUUUCAAACAAGCUUCCGAGCUUGACAGCACGUUGCCAUGGCUGCAGCAACAGCAAUGGUAAACGCUUCGCGUGGGAUGGGACAAAUUAUUUGUUAUUCCUGCCUGUAAACUCUUCUUAAUGGAAUAAUUAAUGUUGCCAGCGGAAUUGCCGCUACAAUCUUGGGAACAUCCGUCUGUUACAGCAUCCUCGGCCAGCACAGACGGAAGGAGGAAAGAAGAAGAAGAACAAGAAGAAGAAGAAGAAGAAAAAGAAAAAGAAGAUACCGAGCGAUUCGAUUGGUUCCUAAGAAAUCCUCCUGGUUUAAUCCGUCUGCCAAAGAGAGAGCAGACGCAGCUGGUUUUUGAUUCCCCUUCGUUGAUUCUCUCUCCCUCUCUCUCAUUGUAUACCCAAAUCGAUCCAUCAACAGCCACUCGCAUUUUGAACUGCGGAUUUCGAGAUACAUCCAUUAACCGAUUCACGCGUGGAUAUGAUUGUUGGAGGACUGAAGGAAUUCGCUAUGGCCUGGGGUUUCUGAUGUCCUCCUCUUGUCUGAUCGAUUCAAUUUGAUUGCGGAUCUUCGAUUACGAAAAAAGGUGGUUUUGCUACUACUGGGAACGAUAAAAUCCGUAUUUGGGGCGGAACGAGCAAGGUAUGGCCCCAAAGAAAUCAAAAUCGAAGAGAGUCUAUCAGGUGUGGAAGGGAAGCAACAGAUUUCUAUGCGGGGGAAGAUUGAUAUUUGGUCCAGAUGCAGCUUCUCUAUUUUUGUCAACCUUCCUGAUUGCAUGCCCUGCAAUAACAUUUUGUGUAAAAAUCUAUUGCGAUAUCAAGCAUGGCAAACUUAAAGAUGUUGGGCUUUGGUACACUGUGCUGGCUGUGGGUUCUAUUCUCACUAUUUUGGAUAUAACAUUUCUGUUCUUGACAUCCAGCAGAGAUCCUGGGAUAUUGCCUAGAAACUCAAAGCCACCUGAAAUGGAUGAAGCAUAUGAUAUGACUACCCCUUCCAUGGAGUGGGUCAAUGGUAGAACCCCUUAUAUGAAACUACCCCGAACAAAGGAUGUGAUUGUCAAUGGGCAUGUAGUUAAAGUGAAGUACUGUGAUACUUGCUUACUUUAUCGUCCUCCUCGUGCUUCUCAUUGCUCCAUUUGCAACAACUGUGUUCAAAGAUUCGACCAUCACUGUCCAUGGGUCGGCCAGUGCAUCGGAACACGUAAUUAUCGGUUUUUCUACAUGUUCAUAUCAACUUCAACCAUCUUGUGCAUAUAUGUGUUUGUGUUUUCUUGGAUCAACAUCAUUCAACGAGCAGGAAAUCCCUGGAAGGCCAUAUCAGGGCAGAUCUUUUCAGAUAUUCUCAUAUUAUACUGCUUCAUUGCCUUUUGGUUUGUGGGUGGCCUUACAGUUUUCCAUUUCUAUCUAACUUGCACAAACCAGACAACUUACGAGAACUUCCGCUAUCGAUACGACAAGAAGGAGAACCCUUAUAACAAGGGCAUGAUAAAUAAUCUUAGAGAAACCUUUUUCUCCAUGAUCCCACCUUCCCUAAAUAAUUUCCGAGCAUUGGUGCAAGAAGAUGAAAGCAUGGUGAUGGAGACCACUACCCCAAACGUUGCAGGAAGUCAUGAUAGCUCAAAGGAGAAGAUUGAUAUUGAAAUUGGAACUAAGCUUGGAGAAGAAAGUGCCUUGUCACUCCCUGAGAUUUUACGUAACUUGGAUUACGAUGACAUAGACGACAAUUUCAAACCUAAGUGGGGAAGUGGAAGAAUAGAUUCUGACCCAGUUGUCUUUCCUGCUGAACAAGGACCAACAGAAUCUAUUCAAAUCUGCACUGUUGAAGAUGAAGCUCGUGCUGUUGGGAAUAUUGACCAAGGGAGUUGCUCAUGUCCAACUACCGAGAGCUCCAUUUUUGAAAAUGUGGCUGGUGUAGAGGAGAAUGCUGAAGAGUCUGAUCAAACUUCAACACCAGUUAAUCAAGUAUAGAGGUUUCAUCUGGGAUAUCUUUUAUGGCUGAAGAAAUACCAGUGUGGAUUCUGAGGAUAUCUUUGUUUCUGCUUGAAUGAUGUUUGGGGGCUUGCAAGGCUGUACGAGGUUUAUUAAGGAUGAGUGGGAGUUGGUGUUGUUUACUCGGAAAGUUUGAAAGAUACGGUGGAACCUUAAAUAUGUUACAGACAAAUUCUUGUUGUAAGUGGCCGAGUCUUUGUAUUCAAAAUAAGAGAGGAACUUGCAACAAAAUGGAGAAUCCUGUGAGGUUGAGAAUGUUAGUAGGUAGGUUGUGCCCCCAGCUUUGCCUUUUUCCUUUUGUUCUCUCUCUCCCUCUCUCUUGCCUUCUUAAAUUGGAGAUUUCUUAGUUAGCCAGGAACUGUAGAUUAAUGCAAACUGUUUGUUGGAUGAAAGUUCAAUUAGAUUGAAUUAUUUGCA